AUGACUGGGGUGAACCGCCCUGCUCCUGUAGAGAUUAUGAACAGGAAUAUGAGAUUUCUUUUGGUGCACAGCCCAAGCAAUGCCUCCUUAAGCAAAUUCUUACAGGAACUUAAGAAGAACAGAGUUACCACCACAGUAAGAGUGUGUGAAGCAACAUGUAACACUGCCGUUUUGGAGAAUGAAGGCAUCCAGGUUCUGGACUGGCCUUUUGAUGAUGGUGCACCACCAUCCAGUCAGAUCGUUGAUAAGUGGUUAAAACUUGUAAAAAAAGAAAUUUCUGAUCCUGGUUGUUGUAUUGUGGUCCACUGUGCUGCAGGUCUUGGGAGAGCUUCAGUGCUGGUUGCCCUAGCUUUAAUUGAAGGGGGAAUGAAGUAUGAAGAUGCAGUGCAAUGCAUAAGACAAAAGCAAUGUGGAGCUUUUAACAGCAAGCAACUUUUGUAUUUGGAAAAGUAUCUUCCUACGAUGUGCUUGCGCUUCAGAAACACCAGAUACAGUUGUUUCAACCAGUGA